AUGGAUGACAUGUCCUUCAAUUAUUGUUUGCCUAACUGUGACCCUCAGCUUCCUUUAGGCGACAUGCUUAUUGCAGCCAACCAUAUCACGGUAGGAUACAAAGCUAUGCCCAACAUCAUCGCCUAUCUGUCGUUCGAGCCUCUAUCUAAUGCAAUGGUUGCUGACCCUCCCACAUACACUGUAAACGUUCUGGAACCCUUUCGAGGUGUUCAUUGUGGCCGGGACUAUCAGAUCGCCCUUCCAUUCAACGGUCUCUUUUGUCCCCCUUCUGUUCAUGCUCUGAAUCUUACAGCAGCACUCAUUUGUUCUGAGCUUGAUGCUCAUAAUUCACGCAAAGUUGGCCCGGAACAGGCCAAGUUCUUAGCUGCUCGCCCACUGACAAUUUACCAUUACAACAAACCUAACUAUCCAGGUGCCGUUGUACGAGGCCAGAGUCGCCUUGAAAGUCGAUACUAUGAGGGGCGAAACCUUCGUCACCUCCAUCUUGAACUUCUCACAGCGGUCCACACAACUCUAACUCCAGAACAGUCCAAAGACUAUAAUGAGACCGACAUGUGUCUCAUUCUCAUCGAAGAUGACAAAGCACUGCCCACUUGGGUCAAUCGUGCGGUGUUCCUUCUGCAGACAUCACCCUUUUGCAAUCCUUUUGUCUUCUUGUCUGUCUGUUUGUAUUUGAGUGUAUUAGUAUUCAAUGGUCCAGGGCUCCCAAUUCUUGGCAAGUAA